AUGGAGUAAAAUACAAAAUGUAAUUAAGAAUAUGUAAUUAGAUUAGUUAAUUUUAGUUUAAGAAAUUGAAAUUGAUAUAAAAGAAAAUGGAAGAUAUAAAAGCUGAUUAAAGUCCUAGUGUAAUAAAAUAUAUGAUAAGAAGGAAAAGUAUUGAAGAUAUUCAAGCACCUUUACAUGAUGUCGAAUAUAAUAAUUAACCAAAAUAGAAAUAGUUGUUAUACUUUAAAACAUUCUAAAAAGUUACAAUAGAUCCACAUAUAAAAUUGGAUGAAAUAAAUGAAGAGAAAUGGGCAAUAAUGAAAAAUAAUUAUAAAUCACUAAUAGAGAAAUCUCGUUAAAGCUUAAUAAAAUAAAAUGAAGGUGGUUAGAGUAUAAUCAAUAAUAAGGAACCACGUAAAAUGUAGUUCCUUACUAGAAGAUAAUCUAUAGAAUUUAGAUUACGUGAAAUAGUUACUGUUCCUAGUAAUCAUACAUCUCUUUCACCUUUAAAAUUAACUACUUAAUCUAAUUUAUAACCCAAUAUAUAUCCAACUUAUAAUCGAUUUUAAAAAUAUUAUUAAAAGAUAGGUAUUCCUUCAGAUAGUCCAGUCAAAUUAAAACUUUAAAAAAUUAUAUCUACUCCUAUUCCAUCACAAAAAAAGAAAGAUAAAAGUUCACAUUCAAAUAAUUCAUAAAAUCAUUCUCAAUCUCCUCCUAAAUCUAAGAUUUUGCAUAUUAAAGCUAAUAAUCAUUCAUAAUAUCUUAAAGAAAUCAGAGAUAUUUGUUCUAUUGCAUCUAAUUAUCAUGCUUAAGUUAAAUAAGAUGAAAAAAAUCAAAUUCAACAUACCAGUCAAUAACUUGGUUACAUUUAAGCAGAAUUUAAUAAAUUUCACAAUAUGUUGACAUCUGAUUUAGAAACAGUUGAUUUUAUUAUUGAUUAAAAAUGA